AUGUUCCCAUCGUGUUACUCUAAGCCCGCGGACAGCGGCGCUAAAAGGAGCUCCAUCGCUAAGCUGCUGCUCGGGGUCUUCGUGGUUUAUAUGCUCCACACCGUGUGGCUGCUGUGCGGCUUCCUCAACACUAAACCCUGCGAUGGAGGCAGAGGAGAGCACUGCAUCGCCUCCUACCUGGCGUCAAGACCCAGACUGCAGCUGAGUGUCUUCACCUGCCUCGUGCCAGACAACAGCCAACUCAACCUUGCUGUGAAAGUAGACCCAUUUGACCCACACUCUACAUUUGAGAGGCAGGUGAAUGUCUCUCUGCCACAGGAGACCCGGGCUAAUGGCACUCUGUAUGCAGUCGUGUAUGUUCAUAAAGCCAGUGUUUCACCUCUGGAGGACAGCAGAGAAGUCCACUACGCAGCUCAGCUCACAACUUACAUCACUCCCACACACACCGAGGGCCAGAGAGACAUGCUGAAGAGAUCAGAGAAUCCUGUAUCCCACUGGAGACCCCACCUGUCAAUCACAAUGAUGUCAGAGGACUUCACCUUCAACAAGGCGGGGCUUCCUAGUGACGUGCGGCGCUACAUGAGAGUCUCUCAGGACGGCAGGCAGAUGAUCUACCUCCCUCUGCUGCUGGUGAACGAGCUCAGCUUCAGAGUCAGAGACCUCGUGGAGAUCAGCAGCAGCACUACUCACCUCCCUCUGACUGUGUCCUAUGAGGGGAUCUCUUUAAGGGGGUUCAGGUUCUGGGUGCAUCUACAGGAUGUGGUUUACUCACUGCGACAGUUUGGCUUCACAGAGGAGAACAUAGAUGAGAUUAAAGAAACUUUGGUGAGCUCCAACCUCUACCUGUUAGUGUUGACUGCACUCAUCACAGCUCUACAGCUCAUCUGUGAAUUCCUGGCUCUUAAAAAUGACAUCAGCUCAUGGCUAAAAAAGAAGAGCAUGGCGGGAAUGUCCAGGAAGUCUGUUCUGUGGCGUUGUCUCAGCACUUUGCUGAUUUUCCUCCACCUGCUGGAGGAGACCAGUCUGCUGGUGCUGCUUCCUGUCGGACUGGGAGCGUGUGUAGAGGUGUGGAAGGUGUUUAAAGUGUUUAACAUCCAGUGGCUGUCGAAAAGCUCCAAAGUCCAUGUAAAUAAGCUGGACGAAGAAGAAAGAAGGACAGUGGAGUAUGACACACAGGCGUCCAGAUACUUGUCCUACUUGGUCUAUCCUCUGUGCAUCAGUGGGGCUAUUUUCUCGCUGGCCUACUUGCGUCAAAAGAGCUACUAUUCCUGGUUGAUCAACAGCCUGGUGACUGGAGUCUAUGCCUUUGGCUUCCUGUCUAUGGCCCCGCAGCUCUUCAUCAAUCACAAGUUGAGGUCCGUGAGCCACCUGCAGGGGACAGUGUUGAUGUACAGAGGGGUGAACACGCUGAUCUCAGAUCUGUGCUCCUGUGCCUCCUUUUUCUCCUCCUCUGGGUCCUUCUCCUCCUCUCAUCAGCUUUCCUGCUUCAGAGAUGAGCUGCUCUUCUUCCUCUACCUCUACCAGCGAAGGCGUUACGCCCCCAAGGCCAGAAGGCGAGAGUCUGGGACCCACAGCAAGAAACUAAAGACUCAGUGA